AUGGAUUUUGUAAAUGUAACAAAUGGGAAUUGUUAUCAAAUCGAUGGCACACCAGCUGUUUCUGCUACUGCUACUUCUGCUGCUGCUACUGCUCAUGCUGCUGCUGCUGCUGCUGCUGCUGCUGCUGCUGCUGCUGCUGCUGCUGCUGCUGCUGCU